AUGACCAAUGGCAAAUGUUUGCUACUGGCUCUGACACUGAUAACGAGCUGCGUGCAUGGCUGUUUCAGGUCGAGAUCGCUCAAACACCAGCUAGCUAGAUACAGGUACGAUGUAGAGUUGAGUCUCCACCUCCUCCAUUCAUGGACUCAACAGGACCGUCACAUCCAACCAAGAACCGGCUACAACCCUGGCUGCCAGAGUAAUGCUGCUGAAGGUGGGCACCUGGAUAUCCUCAUGUGGCUUCGUGAAAGUGAAAGAGAAUGCGCUUGGGGUAAUACCUGUGCCAAGGCCGCACAAGCUGGUCACGCGGAAGUGCUCAAGUGGGCGCGGGAAAAUGGAUGCCCAUGGGAUGAAGAAAUAUGUUGGUGUGCUGCUAUCCGUGAAGGACAUUUGAAUGUGCUCAAAUGGGCUCGAGAAAACGGGUAUCAGUGGAAUGAAGAUACAUGUUCUCUCGCUGCUGAAUACGGUCGAUUGGAGGUUCUAAAGUGGGCUCGUGCAAACGACUGUCCCUGGAACGCAGAAACUUGUUCCAGUGCUGCUUGGGCACCGGUAGGACAUCUGGAUGUAUUGAAAUGGGCUCAUCAGAAUGGCUGUCCUUGGGAUGAGCACACAUGUUCGUGUUCUCUUGCGCAUGAGAAUUGGCACAUUCUAAGAUGGGCUCUAGCCCAUGGAUGUCCUUGCUACCAACAAACAUACAAUUACGUUGCACGUGUAGGGCGAAUGGAUAUCUUGCAGUACCAGUCCCUUGAUCUCGCUGAUUAG